AUGAGACUGCUGUAUCAGACCACACAGACAUGUUUGCUGAGUAAAGGUCUGGAGUCUCUGGUGGACCCUUCUGUGCAGCUGAUGAGGAAGUGUCUUCCCAAAACUCGUCUACCACUGACGUCAGAUCAGUCUGCAUACACCUUCCCCCUCCCUGGAAGACCACAAGCUGUCCCUGACGUGGGCGUGGACCCAGAUGAGAGCAAUGAGGAGAGUGAUGAUGAAGAGGCUGAAGAGAAUGAAGAGGCAGAGAGUAGAGACUAUGAUGAAGACCUGGAGACUGACCUGAAUAAACUUCGUGUCCGUCCAGACCCUGACAGACCUAAAGAGCUGCUGCUGCAGUACAGCCGCCUCUGUCCUGAGCUAUCACAUGACUUUGAGGAACUGGAUCUGAGUUCAGAGCCAGAGAGGAGUUCAACAUCAUCCUCGUCAUCAGAUGAAGAAGCUGUGCUGCUCUGCAGAGUCUCUCCUUGCUCCUCCAGGAGAGACAGAAGGAGCAGUGACUCAUCCUCCUCCUCUUCAGGCUCUCACUCAGAGACAGAGGUGUCCACAGAGGGACGCACAGCCAGACCGCAUGACAACGCUGUUGCUCAGUUAGAGCCCAAAGGCUUCCACAGUCACAGCAGCAUCCUCAGCACCAGCCCUGCAUCCAGGAUCAUGAUCAGAGAGACAAGGGGAGACAUCCCCCCAUGUCUGAGAGGCGAUGAGCAGGGUGACGAGGUGGAGGGGGCGGAAGAGUCUCAACACUGUAACAUGAUAGACAGAUUACUGGAGAGACAUGGAACCUGUGUCCCCCACCAUGAACCCAAGCUGUACCGCGCUGCAGCCGCCAGAACCAAGUCUAUCCCAGGAUUUAGCAUCUUGGCCUUCCCUGAUUUCUGGGGUCACCUCCCUCCACCAGGACAUGAAUCCAUGGCACCUCGCAAACCCAACAUACAGAGGCAGAAAGUGUUUGAGGAUGUGCUGCGUUUCCUGAUUACUGAUGACAUCAUCAACCAGGUGGUCUUUGACCUGGAAGACAGCAGUCUUCAGAAUCCGGCUGAGUCCCUGAGGUUUUUCUCUAACUUUGAAUGUGGGAACCUAAGGAAGGCUGUUCAGGUCCGCAGAUAUGAAUAUGACCUUAUACUGAAUGCGGAUGCUAACUGUUCGCAGCACGCUCAGUGGUUUUACUUUGAAGUCAGUAACAUGGUGGCAGACGUCCCGUAUCGGUUUAAUGUCAUCAACUGUGAGAAGAGCAACAGCCAGUUCAACUACGGAAUGCAGCCGGUGCUGUACUCGGUAAAAGAUGCUUUGGAAGGUAGACCACACUGGGUCAGGACCGGAACUGAGAUUUGUUAUUUCAGAAACCACUUCUGUCCAGCUCGAGGCAGAAGGAGAACCACCUUUUAUACUCUGACCUUUACUGUCACCUUCAGACACAAUGAGGACGUCUGCUACCUCGCAUACCAUUAUCCCUACACAUACUCUGCUCUGAAGGCUCAUCUGAAAGUGCUGCAGAAUUCAGUGGAUCCCUCAAAGGUGUUUUUCCGGCAGCAGAUCCUCUGUGGCACUUUGGCAGGAAACUCGUGUCCAGUGGUCACCAUCACUGCCUGUCCGGCCAGCAGGGCCUGGAAAGACAUGCAUCAGCUACGUAACCGUCCCUGUAUCAUGCUGACAGGACGUGUCCAUCCUGGUGAAUCGAACGCCAGCUGGGUGAUGAAGGGAACCCUGGAGUUUCUGUGCAGCACUGAGCCGGUGGCCCAGAGUCUGAGGGAAGCCUUUGUCUUCAAGAUCAUCCCCAUGCUUAACCCAGAUGGAGUCAUCAAUGGGACGAACCGCUGUGAUCUGAACAGUGAGGACCUGAACCGCCAAUGGUGUAAACCAGACCCUGUCCUCAGUCCAACCAUCUACCACACGAAGGGCUUCCUCUAUUACCUGAACUGUAUAGGACGACCUCCAUUGGUUUUCUGUGACUACCACGGCCACUCAAGAAAAAAGAAUGUCUUCUUGUAUGGCUGCAGUGUGAAGGAGACUCUGUGGCAGUCAGGCUCUGCUGUUGACACUGUGGGACUGAAAGAGGACCCUGGAUACAGGACCAUACCGAAGGCCCUGGAUCGUAUCGCUCCGGCUUUUUCAUUCAACAGCUGCAACUAUUUGGUGGAGAAGUCUCGCUCUGCCACAGCCAGGGUGGUGGUCUGGAGGGAGAUGGGUGUGCUCAGGAGUUACACCAUGGAGAGCACUUACAAUGGCUGUGACCAGGGGAUAUACAAGGGCCUGCAGACAGGAACCAGGGAGCUACAGGAGAUGGGGAUGAAGUUCUGCCACAGUCUGCUGUCUGUGACCAAAGAUAUGAAAGCUCUUUACAGCAGGACGCUCAUCAGCAACAUUGACCUGGAUCACAACAACAUCCUGGACCACAAGUCUCACAAUUGCUUUGAAGAUGAUGAACCUCCAUGUGUUGAGGAGAUUGAAUACUCCACAGACUGUCCCCCACUCAAAGGCACUGAUCUGGAUUCAGAUGUCAAUAGCAACAUGGCCAGCACUGAUGAAGAGGAGUAUGGCGAAAAAGGGCACAGGGGAGGUAAACAGCGGCGAAGCAGCAUCGGCCAGUUGCAGCAGUCGAGUUUGAAGAGUUGUCUGUUCCCUCAGCUGAUUGGACCAGCGUCCAUUGAGACACUGAAUGAGAAGAAACACAUGUGUAACAGUGGGAGCAUCUCCAACAGACACUUGACAAGUUAAAGUAUGUUGAUUUGAUAGUAGAUAUAGAGAUAGACGCCAUCCUCCAUGACACACAGCAGCCUGCUGUCUCCACAGGUUCAGUCUGCUCUACAACAUAAUUUCUUCACAGCACAGGAAGAGAUGAGAUUUCACACACAAACACAGAGAUGAAUGACCAACAGGAAGAAAAUGUGUCCAUGAAUCAUUAACUUCAUUAGUGUUCAACAUAAAAUUAAUUCUUUAACUGCAGGUCCACUUACUGACUGAGCUUUUCAACUGCGUCUAAUGGUCUUCAUCAGUGAAUGGAAGGGGCUUUGGUUCGUGAAUCUUUAGUCAUGUGAUGACAGGUGGAAGUGCACAGACAGGGAUGUAAUGUAAUGAGAUCAGAGCAUGGAGUGAUGGAGACAAAGUCCACCACUCCAUCACUGGAGUCACAGUACAGGUCCUCCUGGUCAAAUAUGACUCCAAUACAAGUGACAGUUGUUCAGUCACAUUUUUACUUGAGUUAAAGUUCUGAAAUAGUUGAUUUUAAAAAUACUGAAGUAUUCAAAACCACUUUUUUAUGUCAGCUCAUACUGAUCCACAUUUACAGAAGCUGAUGACUCUGAAACAGCCUACUGAAUACAAGGAGUCACUUGCAGAACCUGUAGAAUAAAAAACUUGUAGAAUAUGCUACAAAGCCUAUAGGAAUAGCCAUAAAAAACCCAAUUUGAAUCAACAAUCAAUAAAUGGCUGUUUUCAUAUGUCUUUUUUUGUUUUGUUGGUCUUGGUAAACACAGCAAACAUUUCAAACUAAAUUAAUUUUUUUUUUUACCUUUAUCUAACGUUGCCAUCAUUUGGACACUGACAGGUUCACGCAUGACUGACAGUGGAGGAGUUGGCUGUGAUCUGUUUUUCUCCUGUGAUGAACACAGUGUAUGUCUGACAUUUUCAAAGUAAAACAAAAUUCAUUCACUGACUAAAUGCUCUGCUUCAAAGUAAGUGAGUCCUUCAUAGAAAUGUAGUGUAGUCAAAAGUACAAUAUUUGUCUGUUGUCUUGUUUGUUUAAGUGCAGUGGAGUAAAAGUCAGAAGUGUACAAAAAAGAAAUACUCACGUGAAGUACAGAUACUGGGAAAUUAAGUACAACAUUCAACUAAAAUCUGAUGAAGACUGCGACAUGUGGUUGAAUUAAAAAAACAAGUCCAGUAAGUGGACCUGAAGUUCAGAUUUGCUGCUAUCUGAAGCUAAAGAGUAAACGCUCUCAUUCACAAGACUGUGGAUCUUUUGGAGAGCAAAGUAUUUCUGUCAUGACCUAUGACCUCCUACAGACAAACACUGUAACAUCACGCAUGUUUUACGGGCAAUUAUCUCAGUCAGACCUGAACUCAUGAAGUGUGGAGAGCUAACAAUACCAAAACUGUCUGCCUUAUAAGAGCGUAUCUGCAACUCAAACCGAAAACUGACUGUCUGUUUCUGUUUAUUUUAGUCAGAAGAAAUUGAAUGAAAUUCAGAUGACUUGAUUGAUUGAUUGAUUGAUUGAUUGAUUGAUUGAUUGAUUGAUUAUUGCUGCUGUGUAAAAACCGUCACCUACCGUACAACUGUCACCAAUAUCAACUCCCGCUUUGCUCUGGGUGUAAUCCUCUACACACCACCUUCACAUACACAGCAAUAUUUUCUCCAUAGUCAAAUGUUCCCCUUAUGAGUUAGAAACUUAACACACCCUUUAAAUACCUGUGAUGUUCCAGUGUACAGUACAAUGAUGAACUGGGUCCUGAGGAUAGGAAGUCAGUCAGUAUCUGUUGUUGUUGGUAUCUGUCAAGAUUUGAGCAGCUGUUUUUCUUGACCCCUCAUCAUUAACAGGCCAAAACAUGUAUGUGAGAAAAAAAUAAAAUACAGUACAAAUUCAGGAUCAUGCUCCCUGAGGGAUAAAUAUAACCAAACAUCAUCACCAGUAGCAGGACAGUCCAUCUGUAUUCUUGUUAUAUUAUGAAUCAGUGCUUUUGUUCCACAGCAAAUCUGUUGCUAAGGAAACAAAACCCCAUUGUUUCAUUCCCAGUAUAACAUUUUCCAUUAAUAUUUGAUUUUAAAAAAAGUAUAAUAUAAAUGAUAAUAAUUUUGAAAAUAAUAAGUUUAAGGGAUAUUCUCAGAUCUUUCAGAUCAUUUUCUUACAUUAAAAAUUUGAACUAAAAAUUAGUUUUAGACUACUCCCUUAUAAACACCAUGACUUGAAUAAUACUUUCAGACCAACAACAACAAUAAUGAAUGUUAAUGUGCUUGUAGUUGUAUUCAGUGACAGUCUUCAGACUGCAACCAGGCUGCUUUUACUGCUGUUACUGCUGUGGUGGCUGCUCAGGCUGCUGGGGGACCUGACAACCCGGUCCUGGGGCUAAACAUGGAGAUAGUGUGUGAGACAGUGUGAAGAGGUCUGCUUAAGUGUAUCUCAGACCAUAUGAAAGCUCAUAUUGCACUUGAAGCUGAAGAAUGUAAACCGUCCAGGCUUUUUAUCAAACAUAAGAUGAAAUGCAUCAAGGUAAUGACCGCAGUAGAGGAAUAUAAUCAAUCCCCAAGUAAAGUAAAACUUUAUUUAUAUCACACCUCUUUAAACACAGGUUACUAAGUGCUGUACAUCAAUUUCAACACAAAAGCAAAAAAAACAAACAAAAGAAAUACCAAGGGAGAAACAUUCAAAAUACAUACAAACACAACACACGUAUGAACACGCAGCAACCAGUCAUCACCCAGAGGAACCACUGAAAUGACAAAGGCCGACUGAAAGAAGAGGUAUCAUGGUAUCAUGUACUGUAUCUCUAAACAAAGAGCAAAGGAAUUAUUUAAGAUGAACAGAGAGCAUUAGAAAACUUGAUCAGCACCGAGCUCACUGAAGCUGAGCUCAGGUUUUACAGCCAAAUGAUACCCAGGUAAGCAAACAGGUAUGCUAUAGAAAACCAUGGGAACCUGUUUACAGGCUGAACCAGGGGAAGUUCACAACGAUGGAAGAUAAAGAAAUGAGGAGGCUACAUGUGCAUGAUUUAUAUGUCUGAUCUAGUCUAGGAUGAUCUUCAGUGUGAAAGAUUUGUGUAACAGGUGUGUUAUGAUCUAAAUUUCAUUUUAGACCUGUAAUUUGCAGUGACGUGUAAGAUGUAAAGCAUGUAGAAUGAAUAUGUUUGUAUUGUGGAUCAGUUGAGAAGUUUGUUUUGAGACAAGUAAAACAUUG